AUGACCGCAUCCGCCUCUACCAAACAAAAUAACGUCUUCCUCAUCUGGGGUGGAGAUGGCUGGGUUGCCGCCCACCUGAAGGCGCUACUAGAGAGUCAAGGAAAGGAAGUGUACACUACUACAGUGCGCAUGCAAAACAGAGAAGCUGUAAUUGCUGAACUGGAUAGAGUGAACCCUACACAUGUCCUGAAUGCGGCGGGUUCAACAGGCCGACCCAAUGUCGAUUGGUGUGAAGACCACAAGGAAGAGACACUGCGUAACAAUGUCAUUGGAACGCUCAACUUGACCGAUGUAUGCUUCCUCAAGGGCAUCCACAUUACUGUGUUUGCUACGGGCUGCAUCUACAGCUACGACAAAGAGCAUCCCAUUGGCGGUGCUGGUUUCCGCGAGACGGACAAGGCCAACUUUGCCGGAUCCUUUUACUCAGAGACAAAGGCCCACAUUGAAGAGGUCAUGAAAUACUACACAAACUGCUUAAUUCUGCGUCUCCGCAUGCCCGUCAGCGACGACCUGCACCCGCGCAACUUUGUCACCAAGAUUGCCAAGUACGAAUACGUGGUCGAUAUCCCCAACUCCAACAGCAUUCUGCACGAUCUGCUCCCGGCGUCUGUCAUCCUUGCAGAGAACAACGAGACGGGCGUCUACAACUUUACAAAUCCGGGUGCUAUCUCACACAACGAGGUGCUGGCUUUGUUCAAGGAGUACGUCCGCCCAGAUUUUACGUGGAAGAACUUCUCUCUCGAGGAACAAGCCAAGGUUCUCAAGGCGGGACGCAGCAAUUGCAUGCUGGAUACGGAGAAGCUAGAGAAUAAGAUGAAGGAGUAUGGGUACCAGCUGCCCGAGGUGCAUGAGGCGUACCGCGGGUGUUUCCAGCGCAUGGCCGCCGCUGGUGUUCAAUAA